UUACAGCGAAGCAAGAACUCAUUUCUGACUUCGUAGAACUCUUCGAAUCCUCAGUUUCUUCUGCGCAAAAUUGGCUGCUUGCCCUCGUAGUUCGCUAAGAUUCGAUUAGAAAUGUGGGGCGCCGACGGUUCCACGAACAGUCCGGUGAUUGACGACCCGCCGGCCAUCGAAGUCGAGCACCAGACGCCGGCCGGCAACGUCGAGCACCAGAAGCCUGCCGGCACGGGGAUCCUGAGGCGAGGGAAGCGAGAGGAUUUGAUCAAGAGAGGCUGUUUGGCCUUGCGAGGAUUGGCUUUGCUCUUCUCAUUGCUGGCUUUCAUUAUCAUGGCUAGCAACAGGCACGGGGAGGGGAGAGACUUUGACGAUUAUGACGAAUACAGGUAUGUGUUGGCAAUAGCGAUCUUGUCGACGCUGUACACGGCGGGGCAAACUUUCCGGCAAAUUUAUGAGCUUUCCGCCGGAACACAGCUCUUUCCUCGCCGUAAUUUGGCUUUCGUCGACUUCUUUGGUGAUCAGAUUACUGCGUACUUGCUGGUGUCUGCAGCUUCAUCGGCGGUUCCCUUGACAAAUAGGUUUCGAAAGGGGGCAGACGACAGAUUCACAGAUUCCUCAGCAGCUGCAGUCAGCAUGGAGUUCUUGGCAUUCUUUGCUCUGGCAUUGUCAGCCCUCAUUUCUGGAUAUAAACUAUCAACUCAAUCUUAUAUCUGAACAGAGCUACACUGUUCCACAAUUCUUUUCCUUGUUAUGUUUCCUUCUUUGUGUUCUGAACAAGUAAAUGUGUGUGUAUAUCACAGGCUUCUCAAUUCUUAUUCCUUGUGUAAUAUGAACUCGGCAGACUGAAACACCAAGAGACAGUGAUUUAUUUAAAUAUUUCGUGAGGUUUACACAGAAAGAGAAAAACUUUAGCUCUAAAAAUUCAACUCUUAGACUCCAUCUCU